AAGCAACCCUCCGGGCAGCGAGGCGUCUUAGAAAACAGUUCUCGCGGGGCAGGCCACGUUGGAAGUCGUGCCGUGAACCGCGCGUCGCUCGCGUCGUCUUCUUCGACCCUUCACACCCUGCAACGAAGAUCGGCGUGACGAAAUUUCAGCGCCUGUUUGAGUCGUAUCCGAGCGGGAAACAUGAAGCGAUUACUGUUGGAUGCUGAGCAACGCCUGAAGUUCGCGUACAGCAGUUGAACGGUCUGGAAAUUGGAGAUAUGCCUGGAAAAUGCCUGAGCUCGACCUCCUGAGACUUCAUCAGCAGAUUCGAGACCGACGGCCCAACACGGACGUAUCAGCCGGUUCCAUCGAAUAAUAGCGGCGAGAAGGUCUGGCGUGAUUUAACGAGGAGGUAUGCCAACGCGACCUCAGUGCUCGACUUCCCGGUACGUGAGUCAGGAUCUCAGGAAUCGGCAGCCACCUCGAGGAUGAGCGCUAAGAUAUCCCUGGCUGGCCGGACCGCGGCGCAGUCAGCGGUGAACCAUCGUGGUAAACCAUCGGGGCUGCUGCUCGCCGGAACGUCCGUGAAGAGACCGUCUUCGAUGACGGUAGAGGUGACUGGCACCGAGGAAAGAGUCGUCAAACGAGCCGCUGUCCCAGAACUGGAAGCAUCGCCCAACUCGUCGCGACCUAGCACGUUGUCUGAGAGAGAUAACACCAUGCCAACCUUAGCACGCGCCUGCACUACUGCCACUCUGCCAAGGAUCAAGAGAUUCAAAUUCGCGUCGAUCGCGUCGACGUCGAGGCCGCGUCUCGAUAUAACCGCGACUGACGUCAAGACGACGCAUCUCCAACAUCAACACCACCACCACCCGCAGCCAUCGCCGUCGCCGUCACCGAUGUCGACUCUGGUGUGCUGCGAGCCGGUCUCGGCCGGACGUUCCCGCGACAACCUCAAGCUGGUUCUGAACCGUAGUCUGAGCGAGCCAGGCCCUCCCGCUGGCGCGUCCAGCUUCCUGCCCUCUCCGACGUCCACCGUUUCGCCCAGCUCGUCCACUAGCAGCGGGGUAGACAUCGUCGACGGCAGUGACAGCGCCAACUGCAGCCUGACAGCGAGCGGAAGCAGCAUCAGCACGACAAGCAGCAGUGGCACCGACUGCGACUACCCUCUGUCCGACGUCCACCGCCACUACCAUCUCCAUCAUCAUCACCACUUCCAUCAGCAUCAGCUGUCCGCCUCGAAACGUUGCAAGCUGGAGACUGUGAGCCUCCCAGCCAGCCCCUGCUCGGAGAACAACACGCUGCAGAGGCAGCUAGUGCUGCAAAGAACCAGAACGGUCACCGCCGACGAAUUGGCGCGUCGAUUGCUCAAUCACCAGACGAACGCUAGUCCUGUAUUGCUGGAUUGUCGACCGUUCAUCUCGUACAACGUGAACCAUGUGAGGGGCGCCAUCAACGUCAACUGCUCCGAUCGGUUCAAUAGGAGGAGGUUGCAGCUGGGAAAGGCGACCUUGGCUGAUUUAGCUACCACCAAGGAGGGCAAAGAGCUGCUGCGGAAGAGACACUACAGGGAGGUGGUUGUUUACGACGACUGCACCGAUGAUCCGGACAGGUUGCCUGUGCAGCAUCCGCUCUUCCUCGUGCUGGUUUCCCUGCUGGAAGAUAAUAGGGAGCCUACUCUUCUACUUGGUGGACACAAAGAGUUCCACAGGCGGCACAGGGACCUCUGCGAGGACACGCUUCUCCCAGCGGGCGGAGCUGGCCCGUCGACGGUUAGCGGUUGCCCGAGCCCUGGACCAGGUUGUCCAAUGUUGAGCUUGUCGGGGCCACCGACUCCCCAACCUGCAGACAUCGACAGUCACCCCGCGUCCCGGGUUUUACCUUUCCUGUACCUUGGUAAUGGCAAAGACGCGGCUGAUCUGCAACUCCUUCGCGCGUUAGGCGCCACCAGAGUCCUUAACGUCACUUCGCAGCUGCCCGGAUAUCACGAGGAGAGGGGUAUUACCUACAGGCAGAUCCCUGCCUCGGAUUCCGGGCACCAAAACCUCAAACAGUACUUCGAGGAGGCCUUCGACUUCAUCGAGGAAGCCCGAAAAGCCGGAAGCAGCGUACUGGUUCACUGUCAGGCGGGAGUGUCGCGCAGCGCGACGAUUGCUAUCGCGUACAUAAUGCGGCACAAAGGUUUGUCGAUGGUGGAGGCGUACAAGUUGGUGAAGAACGCGCGGCCUAUCAUCAGUCCGAACUUGAACUUCAUGGGCCAGCUACUCGAGCUAGAGCAGGGGCUGAGGGCGUCGGGCGGUGUGGCCCCGGCGCCUGAAGAGCCAAAGAGCUGUCAUCAAUGUCGCUGGUCGCACCAGCAGAACAGCGAAGAGGUGACGUCCGGAUGCAGCGUGUGAGGACCGCCUCCGGAUACGUUGGGCCUCGGUUGUCGCACCCUGGGCCCUGCCAGAUGAAAACUACUGUACACAUAUCCUGCAUAUCCGCGUGGAUCGAACUCGUAUUCCCUGUUUCUCCCGCGGAAGAAGAACUCGGAUUACCUUGCUACACGUGCCUUGGCGAUCGCCCCCAGAUACCGGGAAAGGCUGAUUUUACGGAAACAGUAUAUUUCUUAUUCACCGGAUAACUUAUUUGAGUGGAAGGGAAGAUGAGAGGAAGCCUCGAUCGGCAGGACUGCACGGAAAAAGAGACAAAUAAUGCGCGCGACGUCCAUCUUGCGGAGGAUCGUCAAACCUGCCUGGAUCCCUACACGCUGUCCCUCGUUGCGGGCAACAUGCACGUGCCACGUCGCGAAUUAUUUAUUUCGUCGGAGAGAGAGAGACUUGGUGCAAUCGUCGUUAAAAGGUGUACUUAUGCGACAGUGUUCCGCAGCAUCUUGGUACAAUUGUCUGAGACACACGCGCUCUUCCUCAUCUCCCAUAAAAGGAAACUUACCUUUUAUUUUAUCUCGCAAGCUUAGCGAGAACAUUCGAUUUUACUAUGUUUAGUUCGGAAAGAUUUCUACUCCUUAGAAACGUUUCACCCUCUAUUGCAUUUGCCUAAUUGGAAACUUAAUCAAAAUCUUACAGAUUUAGGCAUUGAUUACUUCAUGGACCUAUAAAUAAUUAUGCGAUAGAGGGUUAGCGUCCUGCAAAGUGAAAGCAUCGACUUAAGAGAUCUUCCUGCAACAGCAUACAAAGCAGAACUGAAAGAGUAGAGAUUCCUGGGACCUCAUCCCUUAGCCAAGUCGAUUCCUUCACUUGCUAGACCAUAGAAUGACAAUUUUAUUUGUUUCAAUAUCUCCCCUCCCCCCCUCCCCGUUUCGUUUUUGCUUUUUAUUAUUUUAAUCGCUCCUCAAAAGAGAUCUAACCCUAUUCCGAGGAGUCUUAGAAGUACCUUGUCAGGGACACUGUUUGGAAACGCUGUUGCGCACAAAGACAUUGCGAGAACGAGUCUUUGUACGUUCGGAGUGACUGCACCCCAGGUAUAAAGCCAGUUUGCCAGCGGGGGACGCGUGUACGUGGAAUGAAAACGGUUGAAUGCAUGUCAAUUGAGAUCAAUAAUACCUAUGUUUGCGUUUUUUGCCUUUGCCUAUUUGUAUCUGUAUUCGUAUAUUACAUUACUUGAUAGCGAAGUGGUUUAUAUUUGAUAAAUAAUAUAUCGUUAACCGGAAUUUAACUUAACCACAAGCGCUCCGUAGCAUUUAAGGAUCUGGUUGAGAUCCAACCAUCGUGAUCUAGUCGUUUGUUGGGAUGUAAUGUUUACUGUAAGGUGCGAAAGAGAGAGUAAAUGCCCCCCGCCAAUUAAUUUAGACUGUAACAACGUCGUCGACAACUCGAGGGAUAACGGAUACGAUUUUAGAACGAACACAUACGAUGCCAAAACAGGAAUUUUUUAGUUUCAAAUUCAGACGAACUAUGAGUGAAGUUCGCCGCAAUGACCAAAAAUUGUUGUCCAUCGUCGAGAACACGUACCUAGCAUUGUAAUCGCUUUUAUUUUUGUCGAUCACGAGUCAUCCUCGUUGAUUAACGUGAACGAAACGAAAAACAAGACGUAAAAUCCACGUUGAACGUUGAAAUACCUCGAGCUACGGCCUACAACACACAGGGGACGUUGAUUUAAGAAAUAAUGUAACACGUGCGAAUACUGUUACGACACGACAAUCGCCGCUGUUAAUCAAACCGAGCAGCUGUUCAAAAAAGCAGAACAACAAGAGAAGUUCGUUUUUAACCGAUAUGCCUUUCUACGUUAGAGACUCAACUGUUGACAAUAAAUGCUUGACAAGCGAGAAAGAGAGAGCUGUAGUGCGUGAAGAUGAGAAAACGAGUAAUAAUAGCAUACGAGACACAGAGCAAGUUCCUUCAAAUUCUCUAAUUUUCUCGAGAAACGAUAAAGAAAAACGGUACAUAUCAAAGAGAUGUCGCCUUUAUUUUCUCUCUUUUAUGAAUCACGGAGGUGAUACGCGGUCGCCGAUGGGUGGAGCGAGUCGCGACACCUCCGUGGACAUUGUAAAAAGUGUAGCGAAUAGCGUUGUAAAUAUACAUGUAUUAUGUCGCGGAGCAAAGACGCUGGCGAUGACGAAGAGAGACUCGCGAUAGAGAUGAAAGAUCGGUAGCACCAUAUGAAAACAAAGAGAGAGCGAGAAAGGUAACCAGAGAGCCACGCGAGCGCGUAGUACCUGUGGCAUCGUGAGAAUGUAAAUGACGUGUAUGUAGCGUUUACUGGAUUGUGGGAGAACUUUAACAAUAAAAUUAUACGUGUAGACCUGCGAUAAAUAGUUGGGGUAGCGAUAACUGGCUGUUCGGACGUGAUCCCGUGACUAGGACUAGCAAAGCAGAGCCUUAAAACGGUUAAACAGCGAACGCGUUGUAUAUCAUUGCACUGUAAGAGUUACUGGGAAGGUUUACUAGUUGGGAUAGAGUCAGUUGGACGCUCAAGGCCAUCGAAUGCUUUUCUGGUUCUGUUUUGCAUCGACCCUAGAUCUCGAGACGAUAACGAUUUGUCGUAGAUUGACGUAUCCCUUUAUUGCUGGUGUCUUUCUGCGUCGGUAUGCACAUGUUGAGAUUCAACUGCUAACGAUCCAGUUGCGCGCGCGAGAGCACGCACCCACACAUCGGCUGGGAUGGAAACGAGCACCGAACCGAUCGACUCGUGGAAACGCUCACGUACGAUCGGAUCCUAUCGAUUUUCAUUUUAAAUGUACAGUUAAAUAUAACGUGUAACGUAUGCAUACGCGCGAGGACAAGUAUUGUAUCAUAUCAAAAUUUAUUUAGUUAUUUUAUGAAUAAAAAUAUAAAUCGCA